AUGUUCUACUAUCCCAAUGUGCUUCAGCGCCACACCGGCUGCUUCGCCACUAUCUGGCUGGCAGCGACGCGCGGCAGCAGGUUGGUGAAGCGUGAAUACCUGAAGGUGAAUGUGGUGAAGACCUGCGAGGAAAUCCUCAGUUAUGUGCUUGUACAAGUCGAACCCCCGCAGCCCGGCCUGCCCCGCCCGCGCUUCUCCCUCUACCUCUCAGCCCAGCUUCAGAUCGGUGUGAUCCGGGUCUACUCACAACAAUGCCAGUACCUCGUAGAGGACAUACAGCACAUCCUGGAGCGCCUGCACCGUGCCCAGUUGCAGAUCCGCAUAGAUAUGGUGGAGACUGAACUACCCAGCCUGCUGCUUCCUAACUGCCUGGCCAUGAUGGAGACCCUAGAAGAUGCUCCAGAUCCCUUUUUUGGGAUGAUGUCUGUGGAUCCCGGACUUCCCAGCCCCUUCGAUAUACCUCAGAUUCGACAGCUUUUGGAGGCUGUGACCCCAGAGAGAGUUCCUGAUGAGGCCCCUGCAGAGCCUGGGAAGCCAGACAGGCCCGUGGUCACUGUGCUGUCUCCUGAAGCCAUCACGCUCCAAGAGGCAGAGCCCAUACGCAUGCUGCAGAUUGACGGUGAACGGGACCUCCCAGAGGUUAGCCGACGGGACUUGGACCUGCUCAUUGCUGAGGAAGAUGAAGCCAUCUUGCUGGAGGAACAAGGCAGGCCUGUCCAGCAGCCAGAGCCACUUCCAGGCCAGGUCCUGGCCCCAGAGGAGGUGAAGCCAGCAGUCUGGGAACCUGAGGCCCUGCUUGCUGAGGUGACGCCCCCGCCCCCGCAGGAGCUGCCUCUACCAGCCCCACUCAGUCCAGAGAGGCCCCCAGUCUCCCCACCUGCUCGCCGCCGCAGUCGCCGCCGCCAGUUAUUGUUCUGGGACAAGGAGACUCAGAUCUCCCGGGAGGAUUUCCAGAAACAACUGCAAACCAGAGCUCACUGCUGGGAGUGUCCAAUGGUGCAGCCCCCUGAGAGGACCAUCAGAAGCCCCACAGAGCUGUUCCGAACCCCAACUUACUCUGGCUGGCUACCCCCAGAACUACUGGCUUUCUGGACCCACUGUGCCCAGCCCCCCCCCAGAGCACUCAGGCGAGCGCCACCCGCAGAGCUCGCAGCGGAGGCUGCCGAGAGGGAGGCAGCGGCAGAGGAGGAAAGGAGAAAGAUGGAAACUCCGAGUGAUAUCGAGGUCCUAAGGGAGGCCCAGGAGCCCAGUGGGCCCCUCAUGCUGUCUUCAGAGCUCUCCAUAGAAACGGCUGAGGAGGAGAAGUCCCACAUCAGCCUCAUCCCCCCGGAAGAGCGGUGGGCCUGGGCCGAGGCAGAGCAGCCAGAGCCCCCUGCGCUGCCUGUGGUGCUGGAACUCCCCGAGGUGCCCGUGGAGAUGCCGUUGGAGCUGCCUCCGGAGGCUGAGCUGCUCUCACUUGAGGCUGUGCACAGGGCAGUGGCACUGGAGCUGGAGGCCAACAGGGAGCCAGAGUUCACCAGCCUGGUGUCACCUCUCAGCCCUCGCAGGAUGGCUGCCCGAGUCUUCUACCUGCUCCUGGUGCUCGCAGGUCAGCAGAUCCUUCGCAUGGAACAAGAGAAGCCAUAUGGACGCCUCCUGAUCCAGCCGGGGCCCCGAUUCCACUGUGGUUAGAGCCAGUUUAGAAGCUGCUAAGAAACCAGCUAUGUUAAACCAUGUCUUGCCUUACUAGCCCCUGCCUGUCUCCUUUCUGGACA